GUUCCUCUUUGUCAAACGUGACUCCAGUGGAGCCGCAUCUCAAGUCUCGACAGCAUCACCACAGAAUUCACAUUCCUGAACGGCUCGAUUCUGCUGAGAUCCUCAUUGGGAAUUCACUAGAGAACAACGGUGGCAACAACCCAAGUUGUGCUGUUGUUACAUCCAUACCAUCUGGAGGUACUCACACUUUCGAGUGCGGAGGGAUGAUAGGUCGUUUGGUCAGAAUUAGUCUCAAUCGCCCUAACAGUGUAUUGACAUUGUGUGAGGUGGAAGUGUAUGGAGAACUGGCUGCUCCCUCGCCCUCCUUCAGUGCGGUUGUGUCGGGCCGGGGUAUCGUGGUGGUGGAGAAGAAGCUGUGCUGGUCGGAUGCUCUGUUCUACUGCAGAGACUUCUACUGGGACCUGCUCAGCAUCCGCAGUAAGGGGGAGCAGAAGGAGGUGGAGGAGGUGCUGAGAAACGCCUCCUUCCCCCUCACACAGCAUGUUUGGAUGGGACUGCGCAGGUACCUGAUGGAUAGCAUUUGGUUUUGGAUGUCUGGCGCCUCAGUAAACUACAGCUACUGGAAGACACAUUCCCCCUUGCAAAUCUCCAGUCCCUGUGGGGGCGUCGACACCAGCGACCCCUUCCAUUGGACGGAUGUCCCGUGUGGAGAUCACCUUUACUUCAUCUGUUUGACAGACGUUCAGGAAGAAGUCAAAAGAGUGACGUUCUACAGCAGCACCAGACCAUAAUCUCAGAUAGUCAUGAAGAGGAACUCAGUCUCACUCACUUCACUUAUCUUCAUCGCCCAUCUGUAUUGUCUUCCCAGCAAAUGCACAUUCAAAUGAUUUGGAUUGGAAGGCAACUACCGGGCAUUAAUAAUACAUCCUUCCAUUUGUUGAUUGCUUUCAUCUCUCUGCAACAAUGAAGUUGCAUAUAUUGAGACACAACUUUAUCUAUAUGUCAAGAAAAGUUACUUUUUUUCUGAGUUAUUCAAUUCUAUUUUCAAGAUAUGCUAAUUAUAUUCAGUUAGCAUGCUAAUUUCAGUAGAUAUCCUUUGCAACACAAUACAGACUUCU